AUGUCGGGCUUUCGGUCAGCACAAAUAGAUAGGUCAAGUUGCACGGCUCCAAAUGUUAGUGAAAUCGCUAUACAAGCUGAUUGUGACUUUGAUGAUGCUGAAGCACAGAAAGAUGAACAUGAUGUGUUAGACUUUAGCAAUCCAUUCUUAUUCAGUGAUGCUGUUCUAGUUGUUCAAGGUAGAAAUCUACAUUGUCAUCGUGCUAUUCUAUCAAUCUAUUCACCAGUAUUCAAAGCAAUGUUUCAAAAUCGAUGCAUUGAAAAUCAAAAAAAUGAAGUUGUCAUUCCAGUGGAUGAAUAUGAUGACAUAAAAGAAAUGUUACGUCACAUGUACACACCUGGUGGUUGUGAUAUGACAGUCGAAACAGCUGAAAAGCUUCUACCAAUUUUACAUCGAUACCAAAUUGAUUCAAUGGUUAGCUUGGCUGAAAGGACGCUUACAUUUCGUCUGAAUGAUGUGACUGCACCAUUGUUUCUUCGAAUAGCUGAUUUAUAUGGUCUAACUAGAUUACGACAAGCAGCUUUAGAUUCUUGUGCUCGUCUGGAUUAUGGUCGAAUGAUUAAAGCGUUUGAAGAAAUAAACCUAUCACCAGAACUUAAAAAUGAAGUACUCGAGAGAAGAAUCAAAGUUCUAGAGAAAUGUCUUGUAGAUAUUCAACAGAGUUUCAGUCAUUCUUGUUCACGUAUGGAAAGUCGUGCUGAACGUGUUCCAUCGAAUCAUUGUUCAUUGCAUUCACGUCCAUUUGCAACAAUCACUCUUAGUCCUAUUGUCAACAAUACAAUUGGCCAGUCGAUUCCAGAUCAAAAUUCACAAAUUAAUGAUGCCAAUGAAACUGCACAUUAUGAUGUAGCUGCAAGUAUUACACCAUUUUCAGUGGCUAGAAAUUUGGAAUUACGUACAGCUGGAGAUAAUGCUAAUAAUAAUAGUACUACUGCCGAUCCAAAUCUAUCUACUCCAACUACUACCACUACUACUACUAAUACUACCACUGCCACAGCAAUACCAUCAACUCCUAUUACUCCAUUAGUUACAGGUGUAUGUGAACAAUGUGUAGAACAAUUCAAAACUCAUAUACAAGAAUUAUGUAAAAGAGGAUUGCAUAAAAUACCAAUUAUCACUUGCAGAAAUCCUUGAUUUCAUAUGUUUACUUAUAUUUUUUUUUGUUUUGCUAAAAACAUUUUCUAGUGAUUGUAGAAUGAGAAAACAUCUACACACAAGAUACACUCAACCGAUUGAUACAUGUUAGUAACCAAUUAUGACAUACAUAACAUAACUAACUAAACUAUUCAUGCAUAGACUAAAAGAAAGAACAUUAGCUAAUUUCAUUACUUUUAUGCCUUACAAAAAAUAUUUAUAUAUACAUCAUUUUAAUAAACAUUUUAUUAAAUUUAAUAUAAAACAGCGUAAGGACUAACCGGUAGUCUGGGGAAUAUUUUAUUUAUUUUGGUAGCCUAUAUUUCUCUGUCAUAAGCUUUACUUAUAUAUCUCCAAACUUGAAAAAACAUUGUUGUUUCUUGAGAUGCUGACCGAUUUCCUGUGCUCACUUGACCGAUUAACUUUCCGAUUUUACCUAUUUCUCGCGUAUCAUUACUCUCAUAGACCAAUUAUACACUUCAUCAGUACCGCCGA